AUGGCUCCCCCUCCACGGCUUCGCAUCCUGUCUGUCGGCAGCAAUGCGAUUUCGGCCUUUCUAUCGUGGCGACUCCAGGCGACAACCUCCUGCGAUGUUACACUAGUCUGGAAGUCCGGGUUUGAAUCCGUAUCACAAUAUGGUGUCUCAUUCAAAUCAAAAACAUUUGGCAACGAACGCUUCAAGCCUCGUCAUGUUGUUCGCACUCCCGAAGAAGCUGCUUCUCGUGAAAAUACAUACGAUUAUGUGAUUCUCUGUGUGAAAGCGCUCCCCGAUGUCUACGACCUGGCCUCCGUAAUUGAAUCCGUGGUCACCCCUCAGCACACCUGCAUCCUUGUGAAUACAACAAAUACUAUUGGCGUUGAAGCCCAUCUCGAGCAAAGAUAUCCGACAAACGUGAUCCUAUCCCUGGUUUCCAAUGUUGAAAUCACGCAGACCGGUCCCAGCGAGUUUGAGCAUCUGAGCUCAUGUGAGAUCCAUAUCGGUGCUACCAAUAAGCAGUCAUCUAUUCCUACAUCGAUACAAAACGAUAUGGCCACCGCACUUUGCAUGACUCUGGCCUCCGGUCAGGUGAAUUGCAACGUGUCCCAGAAUAUUAAACAGGAGCAAUUCGAGCGAAUGAUCGGUCCGAUUGCAUUCCACCCAGCAAGCGUGGUAUUUGAUACCCCUAAUCAUACCCAGCUCUUGGAAAAAGUCGGCGUCCGUCAAUUGGUCAGUGGUGUGAUCGAUGAGCUUUCAGAAUUAGCCUUGAAAUCAGACUGUAAAUUCUCCAACGACUUCCGACAGAAGACCAUCGAAAAGAUGAUUGCGAGCGAGCCUCCAAGCAUGAUGUACCAAGAUUUCAUGUCCCGGCGCCCCAUGGAAGUCGAGACUUUCCUAGGUUCUCCAAUCAAGCUGGCCGCCGAACUGAGUGUGUCCGUUCCCCGAAUCGAGGCAUUAUACUCAAUGCUCCACCACAUCAACGUAACAAACCAGAAUAAACCCCGUGAUUCCCCGCCUGCCUCUAUGAUGGGUCAGCCGCCUCCUCGAUUGUCUUCUGCCCCUCCGAUGCAACGCCCACCCAUCAUGAAUGGUGCCACGCGACCACCACCAAGGAACAAUUCUAGUAUGGGAAUGCAACCAGGCCAGCGACGAGGACCUCCACCAGGUAUGAUGCGGGGACCUCCCGGUGGUCCCGGUGGACCCGGUGGGCCGGCGCCCUCUUCAGGAAAUCGAAUUCCCCGCGAUCCCUCCAUGGAAGGACUGGAAGAGUUCAGCCACUUGAUGUUGUACGAUGAGGAAGGCGGCAUGCCUUCCAAUGGAUACCCCGACGUCGGCCCUGGACCCGGUUCUUCUUCCGGCCCAGCAGACUUUGCGAUGAGGGAGCGAGAGUUAGCUAUUCGCCAGCGUGAAUUGCAGCUUAGGGAACAGGAGAUAGGCAUGAAUAUGCGCCGAGGGCCCCCUCGUCGUGGACCGCCUCAAUCUCAACCCCGCGCCCCAGCCUCAGUCUUUGACGAAGAGGACGAAGACUACUUUGACCCGAUGGACCACAUGCAGAUUCCACAUAUCGAUCCCGAAAGCGUGGACAUGAUGAGCAUUACUUCGCGUCGUACACGAAAGGCUCCGAGCCAAAGCCAAAUCCGCAAGAACCCGGAGCUUGUUGGCCCACCCCAGAUGAACUCUGGUCGAUCCUCGUCAGCAGGCUUCGGUCGAUACUUUGGUGGUCGCAAGCGUGCCAGUGAUCGGGUGAUGCAAGAGAUUCCAGGCUUACACGAAUCACUCAUGGACAACCCAAUGAUGAUGUACUCUUCAAACAGAUACGGAUCUGUGGAUCGUAACCAGAUGCAUCAGGACUCCCGAGCGAACUCUCUCACGGCGAGCCACAUGGGCGAUUACGCACCCCGUCCCUUCCCCACGAGCCGGAGAAAUAGCCAGACCCCGGGCAACCCCCACCCCGGAACCCCUGGAAACGGACCUCGCAUGGGUCGCCCCAUGACUGCUCAAGACCAUGCCUACGGACCCCCUGCUGGACCCGGUGGACCUCGUAACGGCCACCCGUCGCCACCUGGAAACAUGCGGCCACCCGUCCGAAACCAAUACGGUCCAGGUCCAGGCCCGGGCCCGCUCGGACCACAGAUGGAUCAACAAUAUGGGGUGAGCAACCACCCUUACCCUGCCAAGGUCCCUCCCAAGAACAAGAGUCUGACCGGAAGUGCGAGUGCUAGCGCGGAGAGCGGUGACAGCGGCGCUAGCGCUAAUCUUGAUUCUGAAGCAUCAGCUCACAGCAGCCAGGCCAGCCUUCGUGAGCAGCAAUUUGCCGCAGCCGUUCGCUAA